AUGAUUCAAAGAUCUAUCACGCCCGACUGUAUUACACUUAGUAAUGCGAUUAUCACAACUAACACUAUACUAAAUGGAUUCGUGCGCGAGGUACGGGAGGCGCGAUCUGAUGUGGAUGGGGUAUCGCGCGAGUUGCACUCGCUGCAAAGUGUCUUAGACCUCCUAAACGAGGAUGCUGGUCUAUUCCCUCCGGAGUUGGCAGAACGGAUUCCUGCUGUCCUCGAGCAUUGUUCUAGACUGGUCAACGAACUGGACACGAGCAUAUCUAGCCUCAACAGCAAUGAGCUAUCGCGGCAAGAUAAAAGAUCCCAGUGGCUGGCUAUUGGGAGACAAGAAGUUGCGACAUUCAGAACUACUUUAGAGGCGCAUAAAGCUGUCCUAGGUCUAGCUUUGGAUUUAGCUGGGGCAACUACAAUUCGGGAUGUUACCUCAGGCGUAGAGCCUAAUAGGCGAAAUACGAUAGAGAGACACCAGAACAGCGCCGCCGUUAUGGAGGAUGUCUCACGAGUUCUAGUCGAGAUGAACCAAUUACGGAUGCGACUACCAGGGGAGUUCGAGAAGAACGAGACAGAAUUCAGCCUUUAUGACUAUAUGACCUGUCUGAAGUCAUAUGCCGAGAAGAUCAUCAGUAUCAAGGAGAGCGAGCAUGAGAUUGAGCAGAGCAUCAAAGAAGUCGACGAAACGGCGGAUCAGGGUGCAUUUGUGGGCGAUCAAAAACUAUUUGGAGCUUACAUCGGAGACAAGCCGGACAGCGCGAUCGAUGUUAGUGUUGAGUCGGCAUCUAAGUCACGCAACGAUGUGCAAGCAGACCCCGAAGACGAAAAAAUUCCCACUAUUGAAGAAUUGAUGGCUAGCUUCGUGGGCAUUCCCAGCCGAGCGCCGACUCCGCCGCCAAAGGAUAGCAAGAGACGUGAGCUUGCCCGGAGUCUUAUGGUUUCUCCAUUCGAGGCCACUCCGGAUUGUCCGAAUAAUUCUUACGGCAUCGCUACUGAGAUCGUUGCUCAAGGACCGCCAGCGGAGUCACCACCCUCCAUAACGAAAAGCAGAGGGUUUGGGAAAUUUUUUGCGCCUCUUAAGCAUGCAAUUUCAGAGGCCAGACCUCAAACACGAUCAACGACUUCGUCUAACGCCACGGAUAUACAACCUGCAACUCCAAUCAUCCAAGCCAGCCUUGUUAGAAGGGGCAGUCAUAGAUUAUCAGUAUCUUUUAAAAAGCUGCCAAUGUGGAACUCGGAACUGAUCAUGAAUGAGCCCGAAGAAGCAACCCCCAACGCGGUCUUCGGCGUCCCACUCCAGAAAAGCAUGCAGGUUGCUAAAGGAACCUCUAAGACGCACCACUCGGGCCACGGAGGGUCAUCACGGCGAGAUUUCCCUCUGUGUAUGCAAAAAUGCUGUUUCUUUUUGAAGAACGAAGGAGUCGAAGCUCCAGAUAUCUUCGCCGAGCCGGGCGAUAGCUACAGAGUGCAGAAGUUGAAGGAUAUCUUUAGCAGUGGUCCGACAUACGGCGAAGAUGUCAACUGGACCAAUUUUGGCGUAUACGACGCCGCCGACCUUAUCUUACUCUUCCUGUCGCAACUCCCGAAACCGCUGAUCGCAGAGAAUAUAGCUAAGCAAUGGAUCGCGCUCUCGAGACAGGCAAUGCUCUCGGGAUCUCAUGGUACCCGGCUUGAUCAAUGUAUUGAUUUCUGGGAGGAAGCACUCGGCGGCCUUCGAGGACCAAGCCGUACUUUAUUCAAGUUGCUCCUUAACUUAUGGGCCGAUAUUGCACAAGCAGAAGAGAAGAACGAUAUGACAGCCGAACGACUAGCCGGUGUCCUUAUCAAGCCCCUAAUGCACACCACAUCUACGAAAUACGAGACUGACUUCAUGCUAUCGCUCGCUUUCCUUAUUCGAAGAAGAGUGGAAUAUACCGAGUUGCUGAAGAAAGACCAAGCAGACGUCAAGAGGAUUAGCAGGGCGGCAUGGUGA